AUGAGGCCUCCGAACCCGGCGAUGCCUUACCGAGAGGACUGCUGGAGCGAGGACGAGACUUCUUCGCAUGUCGACGCCUGGGGAGACCGCUACAUCGAGCUCAACCGCCGAAACCUCCGCCAGAAGCCGUGGCAGGAGGUCGCCGACGCCAUCAACUCCCAUCGUGGGACCAGCCGCCGGCCGUCCUGCACCGACGUCCAGUGCAAGAACCGGAUCGGCAAGCUCAAGAAGAAGUACAAGGUCGAAAAGUCCCGGGUCGCCGGCAGCGGCGAGAGCCAAAAGCCCUUCUUCUUCCGGCUCGACGCCCUCGUCGGAUCUGCCCCGCCGCCAACCUCGAAGAAGCAAUCCGGGUCGCCACCGCUUGCUCUGGCGCUCCCUUCCCAUCAGAAAGGUUCCGCCUUGCCCGUCGCCUCCGCCGUGCGACCGGCGAAGUCGAAGAAGAAGCGUACUGCCGUCGCCUCCUCCGCUGUGGGCAUCCCUUUCUUCAGGUGCGCUGCUGCUGCGGUUGCAGCGGCUAGAGAAGGCAAGAACGAUAUCGACGAGGACGAGGUAAUUGUGAAGAUGGUUCUUUCGGAGUCCGUUUUACCCGCCGAUCGUUAUCUAGAGUCGUUCUAG